AGUCUCAGUUGUAGAACUAGUCCUGUGUAUGAUUCUCCUGUAUUGAAACUGACGUUGUUAUUUCUUUGCCAGUGUUCUCCGAGAGCAACGCAUACUGCUAUUGGCCAAGAAGGAAAAUUGCCACUUCCUUACUAGAUUAUUCGCCUCUUUCUCUACGGAACAUUAUAUCUGCCUGGCUAUGGAGUUUGUAGAAGGGGGAGACUUGGCAUCCCAUUUGGUCAGAAACGGAAUGUCACAGGAGAGAACUAGAUUUUAUUCCGCCUGUAUUGUACUUGGGCUGCAGUUUUUGCAUGAUCGGAACAUCACCCAUAGGGAUUUAAAACUAGAAAAUGUAUUACUGGAUAGAGAUGGAUACGCCAAAAUUACUGACUUUGGCAUUAGCAAAGAAGGAAUGAGUUUUACAGACAGAAGCCAAACUCAAUGUGGAACUUUGCCGUAUAUGGCCCCGGAAAUGUUUACACAGUUUCCCUACACAAGAUCAGUGGACUGGUGGGGAUUGGGAGUGUGCAUUUAUUUAAUGCGCCUCAGUCAGAUACCGUUUACAGGAGAUGACGCUGAUGAAAUUAUUCAUAAAAUUGUCUACGAAGAGCCGAUAUAUCCGCCAUCCCUAACCCCGGAAAUCUACAAAAUAAUAACACAACUAUUGACCAAAACCCCAUAUCGUCGCCUUGGGUCUGACAAAAAUGGUGCUGAGGAUGUAAAGAAAAGUGAUUUCUUUGAGGGAUUAGACUGGGAGGCUUUACAGAAAAAAGAAGUCCAGCCUCCAUUUGUUCCUAAUAUAAAAGUUCCAGAGAUCUGCACUGAAGGAAUUGCAUUGGAACCACCAGAUAUUACAUUACCGCUGUUAAAUGAAACCAAAAUGGCCUUAAAGGAAUUAGAUUAUCCAGUAUGUUCAGAAUCAUCAGAAACGGAAACCUGAAAAAGUAUACCUACGGAAAAUGGCAUAAAAGGAAGACGGGUCUAAGAGAUGGAUAGAAAAACAGAGCCAGAGUGAUGUUCAUGAAUUAUUCCAGUUAAGGACGGACAACUUAUGAAGAACAUCAAAGGACUUUUACUUGCACCUGGCUAAUUCAUUGAAAGGAGCGAAGACCAAUCUACAAAUACCAAAUAAAAAUGGACAUCUCACGUCCAAUUUAAAAUACAUUUGUUUAAAAGAGUAUUAUUUGUUUGCACGAUGUUCCUUAUCUUUACGCCAUGGCAUUUCUCGCA